CUACAUUACGAUAAAGUAUGCCUCCAAAGGUUCUCAUGAAAUUAAAGGUCUUUUCGGUUGAUCUCUUUCUUGAGAUAAACAAUAUAAAGGUGGAAUAGUUUCUGCCAGCUUUCUUGUCAUCUCGAGGACUUUAUAUCCUUACUGGUUACUUUUGUCAGUGUGUCUAGUUUGUCCUUGUGUUUUUGGUGUUUGGAAAAAAGUGUAAGAUGUUGCUUUACUUUGUGAGACAUGGUCAGACAGACGAUAAUGUUCAAGGUAUCAUACAAGGUCAACUUGAUACACCUUUGAAUGACCACGGGAAAUACGAAGCGACAUUAUGUUCGGAAAGGUUGAAAGAUGUUAGGUUUGAUGAGAUCUGGAGUUCGGAUUUGUCUAGAGCUAGUGAGACCGCUUACACACUCGCUCAGCCACACGGAUUACCAGUUGUCGUUCAUCCCGGAUUGAGAGAACGUCAUUUGGGUAGUUUACAAGGACGUAUGAGAAGUAAAGAUGAGAAAAUACCUUCUGAUGCUGAAUCUACCAAGCAAUUUCGUCAAAGAAUUCUAGAAUUCUUUCUCUUCUUCCUCCAAUCUCAUCAAAACCUUCCUUCAAAUCACACAAUCCUUCUCGUCUCUCACGGUGCCUAUCUCGCCAACUUUCUACAAGUUUUACUCACUUCAAUGCACUUUUCACCUCCUCCAGAAUCCCAUCUCCGUCGAAGAUGUUUAAACACAUCCAUCAUGCGUGUCAGCGUCGAAAUGGAUGACCAAGAUAAGUCUGGUGGGUCGAUAAAGGGAGAAGUCAUAAGUUGGGGAGAAGUGGAACAUCUUGCUGGAUUAUUCGAACCUCCACCAGAAAGACAAUUAGCGGAUGAUGUGAGUGAACCUGGAGCUUUGAGGUUGAGUACUUGAGAUGAUCAUAUCGGUCACUGCUAAAAUAAAAAUUGUGUAUGGAAAGAAAUGAUACUA